AUGGAUCAAACUGGGAAGAUCAUCUUUUAUGAGGACAGAAACUUCCAGGGCCGGUCUUUUGAGUGCACCAGUGAUUCCCCUGAACUCAGCUCCCACUUCAGCCGCUGCAACUCUAUCCGUGUGGAGAGCGGAGCAUGGGUUCUGUACGAAAGGCCAAACUAUAUGGGCUCCCAGUACAUCCUUACCCGAGGAGAAUACCCAGAGCACCAGCACUGGAUGGGCUACAAUGACAUCAUCCGCUCCUGUCGAAUUAUUCGACACAUUUCCAGCACAUUCCACAUCCGUAUCUAUGAACGUCGUGACUUCACAGGUCAGACAGUGGAGUUAACUGAUGACUGUCCAUCCCUGCUUGAACAGUUCUGCUUCCGUGAGGUCCAUUCCUGCAAGGUGCUGGAUGGCGCUUGGGUCUUUUUCGAGCUUCCUAACUACAGGGGACGGCAGUACCUGUUGGAGAAGGGCGAGUACAGGCGUUUCAGUGAAUGGAGCGCUUUGCAUCCCACUGUUGGCUCCAUCCGCCGUGUGCAGGAUCUCUAA